UGCAGCGGUAGACAACAUAAACAGGCUGACUAGCAAGAGAAAGCAUGUCUCACCAAGUCAUUGGUAUAGAUCUUUUAACACAUGUUUUAGUUUAAAUAAAUCGCGAUUAUUUAAUAUUAAUCAUCAUCUUUAUUUUAUUGUGUAAAUUUUUAGUUAAUUUAACUAUACUCUUUUUAAUCUUAAAUCUGUACAAACAAUUUACAUAAAAAAGGUCUUGUCUCAUAUAUUGAUCCAUUUAUCAUCGUGUAAUUUGGUGGAUUUUCAAAAUGGAAGUGUCUCCUAUUAAAGCCGAAGUUAUUGAUAAUAUUAAGGUUGAAGAUAAUGUGAUUGGAGAUAAAGCUGGCGCAGCUGAAACAUCAAUUGGUGGUAAACAUAAGCUAGCUGAAGAGUCUUUAAAAUUCAGUGUUGGUGAAAUUAAAACUGAAGAUGACGAAAAUGGCAGCAGUUCAAAUAAAAAGAUCAAAUCUGAAGUUGAUUAUGAUGAUGUUAAGGAUGAUGAAGAGUUGGAAGAAAAGAAACCAGAAGACGAUCCCUAUGCUUACAUAAAGCUUGGUCAUUUUACCUGUGAAAUCUACAAAAUGGAACUUGGUAACCUACCUAGGUUUAUUAGCUAUACUUGCUUGAAGAAAUUGAUUGAGAAAAAUUGUAAAGUCAAGCCUCAUAAAAUUAAGGUGAUUAAGGAAGGAAACAAGCCAUACUCUUUCAUUUCUUUCAAAUCAGCUGAUGAUAGGGACAAAGCAAUUGGAAUCAUGAAUGGUCUUACGUGGAAGAAGCAAAAGCUUUAUGCUAAAAGAGCAAACCCUGCUAAAGAUCCUUUGAUUAAAAGAAGGUUGGAAGAAGAUUUGUCUACUGAGCCUGAAAUUGGCUUAGAAAAUAUAGCUGAUGCCGGAGAUCGAUUAAACGACAAAAUUUGUCCACUUUGGAGAACCCCUUACGAUGAACAGUUGAAGAUUAAAGCUGAAAAUUAUUUAGCAUUUUUAAUUUCUUUGAGAAAAGACAUUAUUCAUCUUACUGAAAGUCCCGGUGACACUCAAUUUAAUACAAUAAAAUGGGCCAAUGAAAUAGGUGAACAAAACAAUGGAUCUAUUUGUCCCAUUGAAGAGAUUAAGCCUUCACCGGUCACUUCAGGCUACAGGAACAAGUGUGAAUUCAGUAUUGGACCUGGUAAAAUUGUUGGUUUUCGUCUUGGACUGUAUAAAGAAGGUUCAUUAUCGGUGAUUACUCCACCAGAAAAUUGUCCCAUCGUUUCUUCCAAAAUUCGUAACAUUGUACUGCUUUUCCAAGAUUAUCUUCAAACUAGAGAUUUUGAUGCUUUCAAUAAUGUUACCCAUGAAGGUGUUUGGCGGCAACUUACUGUUCGUGCAACUGAUCUUGGGGCUAUGUUAAUCAUUGCUGUCCACCCUCAAAAUAUGUCAAAAGAUCGAUUGGAGGAAGAAAAGAAAGCAAUCGUAGAUUACUUUACUAAGAACCAAGACAAAUGCACAGUCACCAGUUUAUUUUUUCACCCCUUUGUUACACGAGAUAAAACUAUCCAUGAUUCAUCAGAAUUACAAUUGAUUGACGGUGAACCUUUUAUUCUUGAAUCAAUGAGGAACGGUUCUUUAACCAUGAAAAUUAGUCCUUUUGCAUUCUUCCAAACCAAUACAAAAGCUGCUGAAGUUUGUUAUCAAACCAUCGAGGAGCUUGCUUCACUUAAUGAGUCAUCUGUUGUUUUAGACAUAUGUUGUGGAACUGGAUCUAUUGGAAUCUAUUUGGCCGGUAAAGUUAAACACGUAAUUGGAUUAGAGUUAAAUCAUGAUGCACUCAAAGACGCUCGUUACAAUGUUGAGAUCAAUAAAAUAACAAACAUUGAAUUUGUAGAAGGUAAAGCAGAGGAUGUGCUUGAUUCUGUCUUACAGCGAGCUUUCGAAAAAUUUGGAAAUGACAUUGAUCUCACCGCUAUUAUCGAUCCUCCUCGGCCUGGUCUACAUCCUUCCGUAAUUAAAACUAUUCGUUCAACAGCAAAUAUCAAAAAGCUGAUUUAUGUUUCAUGUGAACCUAAAUUGGCUCGAAAAAAUUUAAUCGACCUUAGCCGUCCAAAAUCAAAUUCAUAUAAAGGAAUUCCGUUUGUUCCGACUCGAGCCAUCCCCAUCGACAUGUUUCCUCAUACUACUCAUUGUGAAUUGCUUUUAUUGUAUCAAAGGAUGGAUACUCUUGAUCUUAAUAAAUGUUCUUGAAUUUUUUAUUCCAAUAUUCAGAGCAAUUAAAAAAAUUUCAAAUUA